UCUGUCCGCCAUUGUGGACCCGAGAAGCGGAGAGCAAGAGGGAGAAGAGGAGCGUGCAGACGGAAGAGACGGGCUCCUUCCGCCGACUCCUGAUUGCGAGUCCCUGCUUCUGGCUUCUGAGCAAGCGGCCGCGGCGGCGGCGGCUGGAACACUCGGCGGCGGCUGAGGGCGGCAGCCAACUGCUAGACCUAAAGGGCAAGGAAAUAAAGUUUCAGUACAAAACGGUUCGAUUCAUCAAAAAGAUGCUGUAAAUGAUGAUGAUUUUGAGCCAUACUUAAGUAGCCAGACAAAUCAGAGUAACAGCUAUCCACCAAUGUCAGAUCCAUACAUGCCUAGUUACUAUGCUCCGUCCAUUGGAUUUCCAUAUUCUCUGGGUGAAGCAGCAUGGUCCACGGCUGGAGACCAACCAAUGCCCUAUCUGACAACCUAUGGACAAAUGAGUAAUGGAGAGCAUCAUUAUAUACCAGACGGGGUAUUUAGUCAACCUGGGGCGUUAGGAAAUACCCCUCCAUUUCUUGGUCAACAUGGAUUUAACUUUUUUCCUGGUAAUGCUGAUUUCUCUACAUGGGGGACAAGUGGAUCUCAGGGACAAUCAACACAAAGUUCUGCUUAUAGUAGCAGUUAUGGCUAUCCACCUAGUUCUCUUGGGAGAGCUAUUACUGAUGGACAGGCUGGAUUUGGCAAUGAUACUUUGAGUAAGGUGCCUGGCAUUAGCAGUAUUGAGCAAGGCAUGACUGGACUGAAAAUAGGUGGUGACCUGACAGCUGCAGUAACAAAAACUGUAGGUACAGCCUUGAGCAGCACUGGUAUGACUAGCAUUGCAGCCAAUAGUGUGCCCCCAGUGAGCAGUGCAGCACCUAAACCAACCUCAUGGGCUGCCAUUGCCAGAAAGCCUGCCAAACCUCAACCGAAACUUAAACCCAAGGGCAAUGUGGGAAUUGGGGGUUCUUCUGUUCCGCCACCUCCUAUAAAACACAACAUGAAUAUUGGAACUUGGGAUGAAAAGGGGUCAGUGGUAAAGGCUCCACCAACCCAACCAGUUCUGCCUCCUCAAACUAUAAUCCAGCAGCCUCAGCCAUUAAUUCAACCACCACCAUUGGUGCAAAGCCAACUGCCUCAACAGCAGCCUCAGCCACCACAACCACAGCAGCAACAAGGACCUCAGCCACAGGCCCAGCCUCACCAAGUACAGCCCCAACAGCAGCAGAUGCAGAAUCGCUGGGUAGCUCCUCGCAACAGGGGAACAGGCUUCAAUCAGAGCAAUGGAGCAGGCAACGAAAACUUUGGUUUAGGUGUUGUUCCUGUCAGCGCUUCACCUUCUAAUGUGGAAGUGCAUCCUGUGUUGGAAAAGCUAAAGGCCAUAAACAACUAUAAUCCCAAAGACUUUGACUGGAACCUGAAGAAUGGACGUGUGUUUAUAAUUAAAAGCUAUUCUGAAGAUGAUAUCCAUCGUUCAAUUAAGUAUUCUAUCUGGUGUAGUACUGAGCAUGGUAAUAAGCGUUUGGAUGCAGCGUACCGUUCACUGAAUGGGAAAGGUCCACUCUAUUUACUCUUCAGCGUGAAUGGUAGUGGACACUUUUGUGGAGUGGCUGAAAUGAAGUCUGUGGUGGACUAUAAUGCAUAUGCUGGUGUCUGGUCUCAGGAUAAGUGGAAGGGCAAAUUUGAGGUUAAAUGGAUCUUUGUCAAAGAUGUUCCCAAUAACCAAUUACGGCAUAUUCGUUUAGAAAAUAAUGACAACAAACCAGUUACCAAUUCAAGGGACACUCAAGAGGUACCCCUAGAAAAAGCUAAGCAAGUGCUUAAAAUAAUUGCUACUUUCAAGCAUACCACCUCAAUCUUUGAUGACUUUGCACAUUAUGAAAAGCGUCAAGAAGAGGAGGAAGCCAUGCGUAGGGAGAGAAAUAGAAACAAACAAUAACUGUAUGGAGAUACCCUGUUUGAAUGACAACACUAAUGACGUAGACUCGGGAAAUGCCUAAUAAGUCAAAGAAGACAUUGUUAAAGCUUUUUUUUUCUGCUUAAGGUGACAUCUUUGAACACUUUAACACAGAACUGACUCUUGUAAUGGUUUUCAUCAGCGCAUCUGCCCUUAUACUCUCACCAAACACACUUGAGAACAGUAACUUCGUCAAGCACUUUCUGUCCUGAAGCUUUUACCAGUAUCUGCUGUCUUUUGUAAUUAUGCAUCCUAGCUAAGGCACAGAAGACUGAAUGAAUGCAAAGAUUCAUUAACUUUGAAUUUGUUAAAUACUAACAGUUAACCAUAGGAAGUGGUUCAUUGAUGUAAGAGUCACACUGCUUCAAUUUUUUCUUUGUUGUAGUUUUUAAAUUGUCAAUUUUUAGCUAUUUGACAGAUUAAAAGCAAAAUAAUCAUGCCAUAUUUAGUCCAGAGUUCAAGUCUAAAUGUUUAUGUGGAAAAUUAUUGUAGUAAACUUUUAAUAUGGCAAAGCAACAUUAAGCUCUAUUUUAGCCAAAUGAAACAUAAUCUGAAAUUAUAUUAGAACAAUUCCCUUGUCUUCAGACUGUUUGGUGUAACAAAAUAUUGAUAUGCAGCUUGGUGGAUUUCACCAGUUAAUGCACAUUCUUCUCCCCUCCUUCCCUAAUAAUAUGUAUACUGAAAAAAAAUGUGCAUUUGUCUGAGAAAUUAUUUUGUUUGCUACCACUUAAUGAAUCUCAAAUUUUGAGUAAAUGUACCUCAGUCUAAUCAGACUUUUUAUGACCUUUAUAACUACAUUUAAAACCUUUAAUUCCUAUUUCUGGGUGUUUGCGAGCCUGAUUGCUAUCAUGAAGUAAAAAUUUAUUACUCUAGGUAUUCACUAGCAAAGUAAACAUAGUUCUUGUUUAGCAAGCAUAUAUACUGUUCCUCAACUUUUUUCUCCGGCUUUUGCAGUGUCCUGGCAUCCUUAAAAUACUUUGAAAAUAUGGCCUUGAUCCAUGGAUUAAAUCAGUAUCUAAGUGAAUGUGUUGAUGUUUUAUUGAUCAGAGCUAUAUAAAUGGGAAUACAGCAUAUAUCUGGGUAUUCUUAUAGUUAUCUUUUUUUAAUAUCUUGUUUUUUUUCAUUAAUUACAUAUCAACAUUAAUUUUGUAUCUUAAAACAAAUUGAUUUUGUUAUAAUUAAAUGUGUCAAGCAUCUGUAUUAACUGAUUUGAUGAUGUAAGGUUGUGAAGAUAAUGUACUGCCCCUUAUAUUACUGUUCUGAAAGGAGAAAGCUAUGUAGAAGGAGGACUUGUUAAGGAUGGAAAUAGCAAUACAUUAGUUAUUUGAAUACCUUGAUAUUUUGCAUUACCUAUGUUUACAUCAUGUUUAGAAAUAUUUUCAUUUACUAUGGUCUUUGGUCAGUUCAAUUCAAAAAUCUUAGUGACAUUUCUUUGAAACUUUUCAUUUAUAUAAUUAUUUUUUUUUACAAUAUUUUCCUAAAAUGUACAAAUACUGUAGUCAGGUGAAAAAAUGACAGUAUUUGUGGAUAAUCAUAGCUACUUCACAGUUCUUUUGGUAGUCUCAGAGUAUAGUUACAUUAGUGUUUACUGAAGGGAACAUCAAAAUAGAGUAUAUUACAAAAUACAGACUUUCUUAAAGGAAAAUUGCACCUAUUUUACCUUUUUAAGAGUUUAAGAAAUAAGCCAUGCAAUCUUGUAAAAUGUCUCUUACCUAUUUAUAUUGAAAAUUGGCAUUUGGGUAUAGUCACUAUAGCAAUGUUCCUGUCAGUGAGGACUCUUGUCAUUCUGGAGCUCCUGUUAGAGAAAACUGUAAAGGGUGACCUUGUAGGAAGGAUCUGAGUCCUCUCCCUGAGGUUCUCUUUUUCUUGGUGCUUUAUUAGCAACUCUGAAUAUUUUUAUAAAAAAAAAAAUAGUUACAUUAUAAAUGGAUUUAAACUUGUUUAAUUUACAUUAGGUUUCUAUGUGAGGGAUGUCAUGGAAACGUUCAGCAAGAAGCUGAUUGUAAUAGCAGACUCAGAAAUAUGUCAGAUGUAAUUGAAUCUUCUAUUCAUGGUGAGGAGUACAUCCCAGUGCCUUUAACCUGGAUUUCCAAUCUUGAGUGAAAUGGGUGCAGCAUUCCUUUGGGAAAAACAACAACAAAAACCUUUGUUUCAGUGGAUAAUUUUGUGGUUUCCUCUUAAGUUGUCCCAGAAUACCCACCUUCUCUUUAUCCUUUUUCUGUCAAGGUAUUGCAAGACGUUUUUCCCUAAGUGAAAUUAUUACAGGUUGUCUCAAUAGCACAACUAACUGAAUGUUUAACUGCUGUAGAUACCAAAAGGGACAGAACCUGAACCUGGGCUCUACAACAGGAGACACAGAAGCAAAUGUUAGAAUAAUCAGAUUAAGAAAAUUGUUGCCCAGUUAAUUUUUUAAUGUUUUUCUAAGUUCUGAUUAUGAAUGUUUCUUAUUAAAGUUGUGUAGGUAUUUUAUUUUGAAAGGUAUUAUAGUUUGUGUAUUUAACAGUAAGGGGGAAAUGUAACCAAAAUUAGUAUUCUUUCUCUAUAUACAUAUUGGUACUUGAAGAUUCCUUUCAAAAGAAACCCCAGACUUUUUCCUAAUUUCAAUAAUUAUUUUAACUUAAAUGAUCUUUCUAAUUCAAAAGCUGUGUUCUUUUUGAAUACCAUGCAUGGAGGUUAAGCUGAUGUUUAAACAGUUUGCAAUAAAAAAAAAGAAAAAGAAUCAGCUUGAGUCAUUUAAUCAUUUCAGGUGAAUUUUACUUCCUUUAGAAAUACGUUUUAAGAGAUUUAAGAGAAUUGUGUUUUCAUUAAGUUUUGCAUAUCUUUUGUUAUGCCAUGUAAAUUCCCUUCUUUUAGUAUGUUUAAAGGGAGACUGAUAAAAAUGAUUAGUUCAUUUACAUUCACUUGUAGCAGUUACAUGGAAAUUUGAAUUUUGUCGUGUUUGAGUUUGUUCAUUCCUGUGAAUGAUGGUACAGUUAGGUGAGAUUUUUCUGUUAUGGUACCCAAACUCACCAUUUGGUCCUCUUUAAUCUUUGAGGGUUUCAAUAAAAAUUGUUCACUCA